AUGUCCGCGGAACCACCCCUCGUAGCCACAGAUGAGCACCUCCUGCGAUACUUCGACAUGACAUCGGCAGAGAAAGAAGCACUGGAACUGGCGCAGCAGCAGGAGCAGGAGCUGGGCCAGCCACAGUCGCCCGUGACUCUCCGUUCUCCCACUACACCACGUCACGCCAUGAAUCGUCCCGCCAACGUUUUGCCGUUACUGCUGCUCGAUGGCGCCGACACUCUGGUGUACAUUGACCCUCCCCCACAGCUCGCGGACAAUACCACAUGGACGUUGCCAGGCCAGACAAUUCCCCACCGCGUUCACAGCGAGAAGCUGCUGAGUUCUGGCUCGUCCUUCUUUAAGAGGGCCAUCCAGCCGCGCUAUCAAGCCCAGGUGCGUAAGCGGCGCGGGUUGGUCGACAGGCUGCCCAACGGCAUCAAAUAUGUGAUCGAUCUGACCCCGCCCGACGCGGAUGAGGAUGCGAUUAUCUUCAUGACGGAGCUGUCAUGUCCGAUGGCCAUUCGCACCUGGGCGCUGCAGCAGACCCUCUGGUGUCUGCCGCCCGAGUGUGUCGGAGGCAAAGACGAGAUGACCUGGCCCGAGGAGAACGAAGAAGACCCGCUCGGCCCGUUUUCCAUGUCUGAUGAUGAUAACAUGUUGUCCCCCGAGACUGCCGCGAGAGACUUUCUUGCGUCUCGCAUCAAGAAGUCCGGCUUACCUGUGGAAUACUCACCCCAUCGGCAUCGAGAGGGAAUCGAACACGUCCUUCAUGUUUUGGAGGGUCUAAACCCAAGAAUCGAUACCCCGUGCAAGAUCUGGACUUUCUACGGGCUGGCGAAGAUUUUUGACGUCGUGACGGUUCCCGCCAUAAGUAACUACCUUAUUUCUUGGUUCUACGAGUCGAACAACACGAAGAUCAUCCAAUUCCACCCGGAGAUCGCCUACCGGGUGGGCCUUGGACUCCAAGCCCCUGGCCUGUGCCGUGAUUCGUUUGUUGGGCUUGUGGCGGACGAGGCUCUCUUUUCGGCGAAUCAGCAGCCCAUGGAUCUCAAUCGAUACCAGAGCCUCACCUGCAGCCGGAUUCGUGACUUCCUUGAUGAUACCGAGGUGCAACGUAUCGAGUACGCUAGUAAGAGCUUUGCGGACCAUGUCGUCAACCGCUUUCUUCACUUGGUUGGAGAAGAAAUGAGCUGGCUGAACGGUUUGGCCGAAUUCCAGAAGCUUACGAGUCAUCUCAGACAGUGGCCCUGUGAUCGAGACAUUGUGCUGAUGCUCAUUGUGACGUUGAAGGACUACAUCAGGAGCAGAUUGUACGCCGAACUGCGCAAGGCGAGAGACACGGCGCGGACAACGCCUGCGAUCCCAUCGGAGUCUAAUGAUACACAGGGAGAAUUUGUCCCCUACAACGAUGUGAAUCGCCUUGGCCCCGGGGUGAUAUACAAACGGCGACAUAUCCUCCAACGAAUUUUGGGCAGAGAUUUUUGGGGCAGCCUUCUCGGGGUCACCUUGAGCGGGGAUUCAGAGCACCAGUCAAUUGUUAAUCCCGGACUCGGAAGGCAUCGGACAAUUCUUGAGCUGGGUAACGGUCUACCGGCGUUCAGAGAUCAGGGAUUUGCGCGCAUUCGUCGCGUUAGUAUUGACGAGGUCUGGUCACGAGUCGAGGAUUUCAACAAGACCGUUUAUCGGCAAGUUGCUUGUGGCCUUAUGUCAACCACUGAGGCUCCGCGGUCGAGCUAUGCCAAUCCUCCUGCUAUGCCGACAUGGAACCUAGUGACAGAUCUCCGCCGGCCGGGACAUGGCUAUCAAUCCAGUCAGGCGGAUACGGGCGGUGAUUCAUCCUGGAACUCUGAAACUGCAGGUGAAUCUGUUGGAUCCCCAGGACCAGCUCUAAUCAACGCCGUCCCGACCAUGACUUUGGUCACAGGUCUGCAGCGUCCGAAGUCCGUUGCUGGAUCAAGCCCUGCAGCGGCGGAGGGGGCCCAUGCCGUCAGCCCAUUCUUCCCCUUGGAUCUUUCAGGCCCGAGUGCCCAACCCCAGGACCGAGCGCCAGGGUCGACCACGAACGAUCUCCUCGCUCUGAAAUGCCCACUGGACGAAUGGCGGAUCAGAGAGCGGGUUGUGUUUGAACUACGGGCCUUCUUCGACGAAGUCUCCAAAUACUUGAACAACUAUGCGCAGGAUAUGCUGUUCUCCGAGGAGAUAUCCCUGGUCAACUUCAGACACUUGAACACCCUCUUCGUCUUGACCGACAACGAAUACCGAUUCCUACCGCUAUGGGCGGGCGGUAAUGAUGACGGAACCGGCGGCGUUUUCACUGACCACGAUAUCCCCAUCAUGGAAACGGGAGGGUUCUCAACGCCCGGGCCCGCCGUGCACACCGGCAGUCUCGCCUCUACCCAAGAUUCGUUCAGCGAGAUCAAUCCCAGUGAUUCGCAAAGUACGAUCCAGCGGGCAUCGCAUGAGGCGACGGAUAGCCAUGUCUCAGAGGUUAUGUCCGUGGACUCGAUGGAAUUGACCAAUGAGAGCGGACAAGCUCCUGUCCCAGCGGUGAAUCACGUCGAUGUCAUUCUGUCGGAUUGGUCCAUGGAGGAUACCGAGGAAGAGCUCGAGUUUGACAGUGACAGCACUCUGAUCACGGGGUCUGCGUCUGAUGUUGGAGAUUUCAAUAUGGAUGAGGAUGAGGAUGUUGGGUUUGAGCUGGUGGAUGAACAACACUGA